AUGGCCGACGGCCUGAUCUCGAACAGCGCGGCGGCGGGCGGCGGCGCUCAACAACGCCUGUUCGAGGGUCCCGAUCAGCAGGAGCAGUUCGACGAAGCGAUCCGGGUGUUAGACCCACAAGGGCACCACGACCUGGUAGAUCGGGUAUUCCUGGUCCUCGAGCAGGGCGAGUUCGUUGAUGCGAUGCCGGUUUUCACAUACGACGGCGAGCACGACCCGGUGCUCGUCGAGUUUCGUAGUCUGCUCACUGGAGCUGCCAGUCGGAUGCUGGACGCCGGCUACAGCGCGCACGACACUUUCCAGGUCCUCCAUCUGCUGGUGCUCAUGGCCGCACGGGAGGCGGCGGGCUUUCUCGACCACGAGUCGCCGGCGGGGUCGCAGCCCGGCAGCGGCGGCGGCUUCGGAGCGGUCCGCCCGGCGCCCGCCGCCGCGGUGGCUCGCCUGGAGAAGCGAACGUUCCACGCCGGAGGAAACGGCGGCGGCAUCACAGAGUGUAGCAUCUGUUUGCGGGGUUUCGUGGACGGCGAGGAGGUCAGCGUGAUGCCGUGUCCUCUGCGCGGGCACGAGUUCCAUCCCGAGUGCAUCACCAAGUGGCUGGGGAUCAGCAGUACGUGCCCUCUCUGCCGCCAUGGACUUGCCCCUCCUGCUGCUGCAUCGAUGGUCUGA